ACGCCAUGCAAUCGCUCGCCACGUUCACCGGCUUCAAGCCCGCCGCGGCGCCCCGCCAACGACUCUCCGCGCCCCGCGCGCGCCCCGCGGCGACGCGCGCCGCCGUCGUCGUCGAGGCGAAGAAGAAAUCCGUCGGCGACCUCGCCGAGAGCGACCUCAAGGGCCAAACCGUGUUCGUGCGAUGCGACCUGAACGUGCCGAUGGACGCGGACCUGAACAUCACGGACGACACGCGCAUUCGCGCGGCGAUCCCGACGCUCGAGUACCUGGCGAAGAACGGCGCCAAGGUGCUCGUGACGUCGCACUUGGGCCGACCGAAGAACGGACCGGAGGAUAAGUUCCGAUUGACCCCGGUCGGGGCGCGAUUGUCCGAGAAGUUGUCGUGCCCGGUGACGAAGGUGGACGACUGCGUCGGCGACGAAGUCGCGAAGGCGGUCGCGUCCAUGCCGAACGGCUCCGUGUGCUUGCUCGAGAACACGCGCUUCUACAAGGAAGAAGAGAAGAACGACUCUGACUUCGCGAAGAAGCUCGCGGGCAGCGCGACGAUCUUCGUGAACGACGCGUUCGGAACCGCGCACCGCGCGCACGCCUCCACCGAGGGCGUGACCAAGUACUGCAAGACGAACGUCGCCGGUUUCUUGCUCCAAAAGGAACUCGACUACCUCGACGGUGCGGUCUCCAACCCGGAACGCCCGUUCUGCGCCAUCGUCGGUGGCUCUAAGGUGUCCUCCAAGAUCGGCGUCAUCGAGUCCUUGUUGCAAAAGACGGACAAGAUUAUCCUCGGCGGCGGUAUGAUUUUCACCUUCUACAAGGCGCUCGGCAAGUCCGUCGGCGCGUCCCUCGUUGAAGACGACAAGAUCGACCUCGCCAAGGAACUCAUGGCCAAGGCUGAAGCCAAGGGCGUGAAGAUCUUGCUCCCGACCGACGUCGUCGUCGCGGACAAGUUCGCCGAAGAUGCCAAGACGCAAAUCGUCUCCGUCGACAACAUUCCGGAAGGCUGGAUGGGUCUCGACAUCGGUCCGGACUCCCUCAAGGCGUUCCAAGGCGAACUCAACGAGUGCAAGUCCGUCAUCUGGAACGGUCCGAUGGGUGUGUUCGAAAUGGACGCCUUCGCCAAGGGUACCUUCGGUAUCGCCGACACCCUCGCGAACUUGAACGGCAUCACGAUCAUCGGUGGUGGCGACUCCGUCGCCGCCGUCGAAAAGGCUGGCCUCGCGGACAAGAUGUCUCACAUCUCCACCGGCGGUGGUGCCUCCCUCGAAUUACUCGAGGGCAAGGUCUUGCCGGGUGUCGCCGCCUUGGACGAAGCGUAAUCGAACUCUCCGAGUCACCGCGCGCAUCUAUCAAUAUCUCACGGCACCGAUCGUUCUCUCAUUCCUUGUAACGAUC